AUGGAGCAUCAGAGCGUCGAAAACAUGGUGAAGCAGAUCCGUCGCGACAACAGCCGUAAUGGAUCUCCUCCCCGCCUCUGGCAGCUCAUUUAUGAGCAUGACGGCUCUGAGUUUUACAUGGAGGUUGAUGAUAAAGAUGUGAACGAGGCCUGGGCUGAAUUCGUCAUCCGGCAGAAAAUGCCCCGCAGGUACAACAACGACGUCAUCAGGAAUGAGCCGUUCAUGAUCAAGAACAUGGUCAAGUCCUUCCGCAUGACCACGUACCAGAUCCCACCGGGACAGCUGCGCACCGCCGCCGUCGCCUUCAUCGACACCUGGCGCACCAACCCCCGCAUCCUCGCCUCCAUCGCACAUCGCGAGUACGGCAAGGGCCGGGAGUUCCUCCAGAUGCACCACGUGCUGUUUCUCGAGUCCAUCCUGAUCGCCCAGGCCGUGGAGCGCGCCGCCGGUGAGUUGCGCAGCUUCGACGACGACUUGGCCGCCCUCAGGGCGACCGCCACCACCGUGUUCGCCGGCCUCGACGACAAGGUCAUGGCCGAGCCCACGGACCACUCCGAGCCCACGCCGCCCGGCCGUCCGCUGGAUCAGAUCGAGCUCCACGGCGCCUGCUACCUCAAGCUCAAGGCCGAGUACCAGUGCAAGUUCCAGACCAAGCUGGCCGAGAUGAACGACUUUGUCAAGGAGUGGCAGGAACGCUGCCUCACGCUCGCUUCUUUGGCUCCGGUGCCCCUUGCCGAGGGCGAGCAGGAUCUGGUCGUUGAUGAGGACUGGAUCGUGCUAUAG